AUGGCACUCCAACAGACAUCCAAAAUCGCCGAGUCCUGUCACUCCUUCGCUGACCUGGCAAGCCUAGCCAGGACCAACAGGUGGUUUUACCGAGUCUUGAACCCCUUGCUCUACAAGCUGGAUGUACGCAGUGGAAGCCCGUGUGCCUUGUUCUGGGCCUGCCAGGUCGGUAGCUUGGAAACGCUCAAGUUAGUUCAUAAAGCCGGGGCGGCACUCAACCAGGCCUGGGCAUCCAAGGAGCCGCUCCGAGAUCUUCCGCCCAACCCUUACCGCCAUAGCCCGGAUUUCUACCAGAAAGUUGCACUCCGAUUGACAGACCCUGCGGACGACAAAGACAACAGUGAUGAGGCAACCAAUAAUGGCUGGCCUGAGAUCCCUGACGUCGUCCCAGGGGACUUCACCAACGAAUGGGACCAAAACCCGCCUGACCAAGCGCCCGAGGAGCCGGUCGAAGAGGAGCAAAACGACGAAGAAAGCGACACAGAAUGGGUGGUGGACGAAGGUCCAUGGGAAGAGCCCUACGAACUUGAAGAAGCCCCUAACUCCGAAGAAGACCAUCUUUGGCCCAAAGAUAAGGACGAAGCCGGACAGCCGCUCCUCAAGACGGCCUCCCAAGACUCUAGAUACACCUGGCGCAAUGACUUCUUCCACCUGAAAAUCGAGCUCGAAAGAACCGAUAACCCGGACUUCGCCGGGGAGAACCCCCUUAGCCGAGACCCGCGACUCCACCCACUGUUCUGGUGGCAUCCCAUUGACCUCGCUGUCUAUUUUGGGCGCAAGGAAAUCAUUCGGUAUUUGGUAGCGAACGGAGUCAGAGUCCAACAUGGAAUGUCGCGUGGGCUUUGCCGCCAAAAAGACAUUUCCUUUGCGUCUCCCGACCAAGGGUGCGACCGCGACACGCUUCUCCUCGUCAUGCCAGAGCGACCAGACCAUGCGGAUUUCAAAUACCUUGUCCACGCUCUCCUCGGGCUGGUCGCGUGCAAGGAGCCUGAUGAGGGCCGGGAUAUGGAAGAUUUUUUGCGGGAAGUUCACGGCUGGAAUGCGAUGCAGAUGCGUCUUGCUGGGCUAAUCGCUUGGGCGGCGUGAUUAAUUUUGAGAACCCGGAGGGGCGACGGCUGUUGUUUGAUUUUACCCAAGAAUAUGCCCAGCGAAUUCACCGACGACAAAACUGUAGGUGUUCCUGUCCAUCAGCCGUCUGGUAAUGGUGUCCGUGCAUAAAGCGAUGCUAACAAGCUCUUCUCUACAGUGGUAAUUAUCGGCA